GAGAGAACUUUUGAAAAAUCCCAACUUUUAAUAUUCUCUCCAUAUUUCCACAUUAUAUCACAUGUACUAAAUAAAAGUUUUGUAUUCACAGUGUAGCACUUUGCCAGGGAUAAUUUUCCUAUGGAUGCUAUUCCGUUUAAUAACAUAGUAAUUUAUUUAUGUUUUUCUUUUUGUUUAGUUACAUACAGAGUGCUGUAAACCUAGUGCUGUGAAUGACAAUACCUAUUCUAGGCUUACUCAGUUCAUCUUGUCUGUGGCUUAGACUUCAAUUAUGAGGCCAUUAGAUAUAAAACCAAUGGGGACACUUUUCCUGAUUAUCUUCCUUGGUGUGUCAGGAUUCACAGUUAUGGCGCUACCUCAAGCUAAAAAUGUAGCAUUGUACGGAAAGGCCACCCAGUCAGACCUGAUUGGACACCCCCAUUCAGGGGAAGGUCAUGCCCAAAAUGCCAUAGAUGGAAAUCGUGACCCAGAUUAUCAUCAUGGAUCUUGCACUCAUACUGAUGCACAGACUAAUCCCUGGUGGAGGGUUGAUCUAUUGAGGCAGUACACUAUUACUUCAGUGGCCAUCACCAACAGAGGAGACUACGCUCCUGAGAGAAUCAACGGAGCUGAGAUUCACAUUGGCAGCUCCCUGCUGGACAAUGGGAAUCACAAUCCACUGGCAGGGGUUAUAUCCUCUAUCCCAGCUGGAAGAACACUCACCUUCAGCUGGGAUAAAGGGGUGGAGGGCCGCUAUGUUAAUGUUGUUUUGCCUGGAAACAACAAGAAUUUGGCACUUUGUGAGGUGGAGGUGUAUGGCUAUCCAGCACCAGAUGGUGAGAAUGUGGCUUUAAGAGGGAAAGCAACUCAGUCAAACGCUCUUAACUAUCAAUUUGCAUAUAAUGCCAUUGAUGGGAAUCGGGAUGGCAUAUAUGACCAUGGUUCCUGUAGCACCACAAAAGCUCAUUUCAACCCUUGGUGGAGAGUGGAUUUGCUCCAAAAAUAUAAAGUCUUCUCUGUGAUAAUCACCAACACUGUGGAUAGUGUUCCCAGUAGACUGAAUGGAGCUGAAAUCCGAAUCGGAAAUUCUUUGAACAACAAUGGCAUCAACAACCCCAGGUGUGCCGUAAUCUCCUCUAUCCCUGGUGGAUUUUCCGAGACCUUUGAGUGUAAUGGGAUGGAGGGACGCUAUGUUACCAUGGUGAUUCCUGGACGUGCAGAGUACCUGACACUAUGUGAAGUGGAGGUAUAUGGAUCACUGCUGGACUAAAGCCCAGGGAAACAGCGAUGGAUAGCAUGAACUACUCUAAAAACACAGCAAAUGUAUUGUUUUGCUGAAUAUGUCAUGGGCAACACUUCCAUUUAUAAAAAUGGAAUCUCUUCAUAUUACUAAAAAUGCAGAAUUACUAGUAAACGUAACAGAGAUAUUAUUUAAAUAUGAUUAGCAGUUGGAACACAUUUUUUACAAUGAGUGCAAUUGCUCUAAUAUUGCAUGGAUAGAAUGUUGGAGUGUAGAUAGAAUGUUUGCCCUGGGUUGUAAAAGGUUGGUCGAAAACUAGCAAUCUAACUACCUAACCUAGCAUGCUAACUCAUUUCUUUUGGUGAUAUAGUUGGCAAGUCGUGUUGUGAAAGCUUUUCUUACAUUUUUUACGUGGUCUGACCCGAAUCACAGAACUAGUUCACAGCCUGGAUUGCAAGCAGGAACGACGGGUGUGUAUAUCUGUCCUUCACAUCACCAUAUGAGCCUACCUUAAAAUGAAUUUGAAGAUGAGAACAGUUCUAGUUACCUAUAAAAACAUGCCUAAAAAAGUGGCAAAUGUAUGCAUACAGUUGAUUUAAUUAAUUGCUGAAAUCAUUGACAAAAUGUAUUACAAGAGAACAGAGAUCAGUAUAUUCACUGUCUCACACCACUGCAGCAAUGUUUCUAGUGUGAAUAAAUGUAUGACAGUUGUGGCUGUAAGACUUCUAGGACAAUCACUUCAAGUGGAGGUAGACAUUAUAAAUUCAAUUUGUCAACUGUCCUGAUUUUUUGAUUGAAGUGAAUCUUUUGUUGCCAGCUGCACUGUACUUCUUGCAUUCUACUAGUAAUUUCAGGCCUGCCUUUGGGAAGACGAGUCGUCUCUCACUUCUUCUCUCAGUUUGUCAUGUCGAUUCGUUUCCCUUCCUACUGGGAGUCUGAGUUCUGUUCCUCUUAAGUAAUAUGUAGUUAAGUUAUGAAUGGUUCUGCAAAAAUAAUAAGAACAACUGUCCUUUCAGUAAAGUUUACCUCACAUCCAGUGGGGCCACCAGAUAGCGCCAAAGAGCAGUUUUCAGUUCCCUAGCUUCUAGAAAUCCACCUGUGCCCCACAUCCCUUGCAUCACCUGUAAACAAACCAGUAGCAGAGUGUUUAUUUAAGCUGGCUAACAUUUUCAGUCGGCGUUUAGCAUUGAAUACCUGUGUCCAUGUCACAGAGUGUGUCGGUUGAGUUCCUCAGUUUUUUUUUGGUUGGACCUUUUAUGUGAAAGUUCUUUGAUGUGUGUUGGAAUAUCUUUGGAUUGGAAAACUGCUGCCUAAGCCUUUUAAUAAAAGCUUGACUUUGCUUGA